CUCUAUACUUACCGGUCAAUUUGAAAUAUUUAUGAUAUUAGGUAGAUGGUCCUGUUUCGCAACUUCAUGUGCGAAUGAACAUGAACUAUUUAUCCCUGAAGAAGUUAGUAUUUGUCCCUGCAUGAAGCGGUUGUCUUAGAAACAAAGAAGUGUCGGCGAACUUGUAUUUUCCAGUUUUAUCAUGUAACCGGCUGUUGUACUGCACUGUACUGCAUUUGUUAUAGAAUAAUCAGUGUAGUUUAAGCUUUCAUAUUUACAGUAUAUACGGAUAUUCGUUUAAUAAAGUUAUUGUAUCCUGUGGACCAACGUGACUGAAUCCUUGUCAAUAAACGUAAAAGACUCAACUCGUCUUAUUAUGGAGAGUUCUUCAACUAGGAGGGAGGGUUCCAGUUCAAAGCUUUUCAGGAAUACUACCCGGUCGGAAAUAUCCUCCCUGGGAUUUGAUUUAAAUAAUUUCGAAGAAGAAGUUCAAACAAAAGUGUACAAUUAUGUAUUGACGGGGAUUGUACUGUCUAGUUUAGUCUACUUCAUUUCUGGUGCACUUCUCUACACUGGAGCUAAAAAUGCCAAAACUGGUUGGAUGGUUCCCUGGCAAAUACUGACAAUUUUUGGAAUAACUUUCGUUUGCUUGAAGUUCUACUGGAAAAUAAACUCCAAGGUGGGUUUAAGCAGUUUCGAUUUAUUUGAGUUCCUGGCAGCAGUUCUAGUUGGAGGAUACUUAUCCAUUGUAGUGCAAUCUUGGAGAAAUCAGUUGAUGAUGGGAGAUGAUCCGGAUAAACAGAAUGUCACCUCAGUGGAUGUAGAUGUGCAUGAGGCUGUAGCUGUAACCUGCAUUUGCUGCAACUGUUUCAGAACUGGAAGAAGAAGAAAUAGAAGUGUUUUAGACAGAUUUAGCUUUGUUCUUCGAACCUUUUGGGACUUUUUUGGAGGUGUGCCGGUCAACUCUCUGCAUGGCAAGCAAGCAGUAUAGUUUGAAGGCAGAUUAUAUUAAGAUCAAGUAUAAUGUAAAUAUAAAUAAAGAAUAGUGAAACCAGUGCAACCAGAAAUGAACAAACACACGACAACUACCAAAUCUGCACUUCGAAAAUCUAUUUAUGUUAAUCUUUGUUUAUUUAAUUGUAUGUCCGAUUAUAACUCUUCAGACCGA